GUCGUUGAACUGUUGCCAACUUGUUAGCGGCUUCUUUGAAGGUCGUGAUGAGAGACGAAAGAAAAAGGGUUAGGGAUCAGGAAGGAUCCGAGAAACGUGAUAGUAGACGUCCUCUGACUGUUCGAGAUGUGAGUUUAAUUCGCUUAGCAAAGAAUGGGGAUUUGGAUUCAAUCAAACAAAUGGUAAAGGAAGGAGUAAAUAUAAACGAGCAAGAUGAAACAGGUUGGACUGUAUUGCACGAAGCAUGUGCGCGGAACCUUCCACGUAUGGUUGAUUAUUUGCUACGACAUGGAGCUGAUCCUAGUAUCUCAAACAUAAACGGUGAAAUGGCACUUCAUUGUGCUGCGCGAGUAGGAUGUCUGCGUAUUGUUCGAGCGCUCUUAUACUACAACGCCGACCCUUUGCUAUCGAACCAUAGGGGUGAGAAACCUUUGGACCUGUGUCAUGACCCUGAGGUAUCCAGUUUUCUCAAACAACAUACUGAAACUAAUCAAUCACACAUGUUAACAUCGUCUGGUUCUGGGAAAUCAUCACAUUUGAAAGUUCGCCAACACGCACACGGUACAAAACAUCUGAUGUCUUCUUUUUCUGGUACGACAAUAUCCAGCUCUACUGAAUAUUAUGGUGGUGGGGGUAAAGACAACAGUAGUACAGCAAGUCCAUCGAAUGUUUAUUCAGACUCAGAAGAUGAUAAUCAUUCGCAUUCAGGUUUGAGUAUAACUACCAAUACAUCUCACCAUAAUAUUAGUCCUAUUAAUACUAACCAGCAGUUAGAUUUGAAUUGCUUAUCGUCUACCGGUCAUCAUAACCAUCCGGCAUCUAGCCCGUCAUUGUCGUCUGUACCCAAAUCCGUGUGUGAUGUGCACAUCUCUUCAGCAAAGUCAUUGAAGAAAGAUCCCUACGCGUUUGAAGAUGAUGAGAAUGAUGAGACGGUGAACAAUUCUGGGAACUCACUACUUCAUCCUGCGUCUGGUGUUAAUAAUAGUAAUAAUACUAAUACACAGGUAACAGGACAUAUUGGAGUUCAUUCUGGUGUUGGUGCUCCAGCCAAUUUGAAUAAGUCAACUUCUUCCAAUUCUACCAUUUCUUCUUCUUCUACUACUACUAUUACCACCACAAUUACUGCUACUACUCCUACUGCUACUUCUGUCAAUACAAAUACGAAUACUAGUCCAAAUAGUAAUAGCAGCAUUGGUAGUAUUGAUUCACUCUCAAAGCACACACGCCAACUGUCUUCUUCCAAUCUGUUAACAACUGUAGAGUGUGGAAAUAUCACUUUGGAUAGUAAUAACGAUAAUACAUUGACGACAUUAACUGGUACAAUCAAUAGUGCUCUUACUACAACUACUGCUCCCAAUAAUAGUAGCAAUUACACAACUAGUAACAACAACUGUCCUAGUAUUGGUGGGCCUCCACUUCGGCUUCGUUUUGCAAAAGAAGCCGGUCAAUAUACUUUGAUGGAACAUCAACAACAACAACAGAUUGAUUUGUCCCUUUCAAAUUGUGAUGCAAAUCUUGUUCCUUCAUCAAUUGGAAUUAUUUGUACAACAACUGAAGCAUCUCAUGUCACUGUCAUUAGUGAUAGCGACAACGAUAACAAGAACAUGAAUUUUCAAAUGGAUAUUGAUAACAAUAAUAAUAAUAAUAAUAAUAGUAGCGAUAAUGUCAGUAAUGAGCAUAACUCCAAUAUGGGUACAUCGAUGACGAUAAAAAGUGAGCCAAUCACCGUAUCAGGUGAUGAAGAAUUGAAUCAUGUGUCUACAUCAUGCCAUCCAGAGUCAUCAGGAGGCGAAGAAAUCUCGGCACAGAAGGUUCCUCCUUUACGCAUUAAAUUUGCUUCGGGUACUUCUGGAGAUGAGGCAUCAUCAAUGGCUUCGUCGUGCAUGUCAGUCGGAGCAACUGGUUGUGGAUUGGCAAUUCAUCCUAUUAAUAAUGUGGAGAAUAAUUCGAGUAAUGAGUCGAAUAUGAAUGAUAAAUGCGACGUGAAACCUCGUGUAUCUGAUGAUGGUUUGAUGACUGUGAAUAACAGAAGUGAUGGUAAGGAGGCUGGAGUCACUGUCACUUCUCUCGUUUCGACGAGUGUCGUUUCAUUGAAUGCUCCAGUUCCUGACAAAGUUUCGUGUUCGAGCGUGGAGAAUAUCAGCGAGAGUAACAGCAGCAGUAGUACUACUACCACUAUUACCGCUACUGGCACUACAGAGACUGUCCACGAUCAAUAUUCUAGCUACCAUGAGAAGUUAUCUAAGUCUUGUGAUCAUGUUGUUGCAACGAAUGUACACCAUGACGAAUCGAGUACAGAGUUGUCCAUAUCUUGUACUCCUGCAUCGACAUGUAUCACAAGUGCUGGGAUGAACACUAGUGUGAAUAUUACAAGUGGUGUUAACACUGUUGAGAUGAAUAGCAGUCGUAGUAAUGUAAGUAAUACUAAUCGGGUGAAGAUGGAUAAUACGCUGGAGACGAGUGAGUCUCAUGGAAAGAGUGGCAAUAAUAAUAAUAGUAAUAAUAAUAAUAACAACAACAACCACACGCACAGUCGAAGUAAUAAUAAUAGUAAUAAUACGAAUAAUGGUAAUCGAGAAGUGUCGAAAGUGAGUUUACGUGUUUUUGUAUGUUUGUUGAUGUACGUACGUAGUUGUAUUGUUCACUUGAAUGUUGUAAUUGUGACUGAACGUACUGAAGUGUGGUUAGAUGUAGCUAUUGGUGAGAAAGUAAAUGGGAUUUGGUCAGAAAAACUUUUGGGAGAAAUUUAUCCAUUCUGAAUGUGUAAGUGUUUUAGUUGGUUUUUGGUAGGUUUUGACUAUGAAUCUGAGGCAUAAUGCUGGUGUUUUUUCUAAAAAAGAUGAGAUGAAGUGAUGUGAUUCGGUGCAGGAUUAGGGUUACAUUAAUAAUUGGAUGCGGCGAACAGUCAUCACUCAGAUCGUAUGAUUGUGUCCGACUGUUAGUUGGCGUUCUAUUCCUUUAUUUUCAUAGUCCAGGAUUGGUCAACAAUAUAUUGAUAAUGUUGUUGCUUAGGAUGAACUGUUGAGUUGUAUGGAAGAUUUCCGACUUCAUCAAAAGUUAAAUUUUUAAUGCGUUCGUGAUAAAUUCAGACAGACUGUAGUGGUUUGAAUGUUGUGUUGAUGUGUUGAUAACUGUUAUCAUUGUUCGUGUCCUGUGUUGAUUUUGACUGUUAAUGGAAUGAAGCUAUUGUAUAUUUUGUGGUUGACUGAACUCGCUCUGCCCACUUCAUUCGGUGAUGAACUCGAUUGAAGGUGAAAUUGC